UCUGGCAAUAUUUUAGGAUGUUAAAUCAAAAUUGUUGCUCCUUUGCAAAAAUUGAAGAUGGUCAGAUUAGCAGUCAUGGUGAAAAAUGUGGCCUUUAUUACAAAAACUUGCUUGAAUUAAUUCAUCAUAUAGAGGAAGAGCAUAUUCCAUUAAUUGAAAAUGCCAAAAUUGCUGAGCGAAAGCGACUCCGUGAACAAUUUGUUGAUGACCCUGAGCAAUACGAAAAGGCUUACAAUGCCUCUCUUAACCAACCUGUACCUCUUUCACUUGUUUGCAGAUUGAAGCCAUUUCCGAAAGGACAUAAAGUUCAUCCAAUAACAACUCCAAAGCAAAGAACACUUAAAUUUUGUCAUUAUAAACCUAAGCAAAUUGUUCAACAACAAUUGAAUUCUGUAGUUAGUAAUGGUACGUUUACUUAUACCUUUGGUUUGAAAUCUCAUGUUAUUUUUACUAUUACUUUGUGUGAAUAUUUUUAA